UAUAAAAAAAUAUUUGUUUAUUCAUUUUAUAAUACGAUAUUUGUAUUUAUCAAAAUUAAGAUUCAUUUAUAUACAAUCUAGCUGUAGCCAUUCUUUGUUCAAACAUUUAUAUAUGACCGGAGACCGUGUUACAUUAUCUGAAAAUUGUAAAUACGCUCUUAAAAAUUAAUAUCGUCAUCAUAUUUAUACAAUUCCGUGUUGUGCUUGUAUGUCUCCGUAGUCAGACCAAGAAACAGGGAAAAUAUCGGUUUAGAUCACGGAUGAUGUAUAAACUGUUACAUAUAAAACUAUGAUAAUCAAUUCGGGUACGAUGCACGGCCGGUAAUUUUAAUCAUGUAAUUUAUAACUAGCAUCUGUCAUUUACAAUACAAAGAAAACUAGUAAUAUUUCUACCGUUUAUAUGAUGGAAUGGGUUGUUGAUUAUUAUGAGUAGGUUAAUAAUUAUUUAUUAUAUGUUAAUAUAACGUGCAUAUGUGUGGUAUUUAUUGUAUGUAGUGUGUGAAAAUGCAAAUAUAUGUAAUUAAAUUUAUUUUGAAAGUUAAAGAUUUAAAUUAGAAGGACCUAAUAUAUAAUAUUUGGGAAAAAGAAUAUGCAAUCUAGUAAAUAUCAAACAAUGUAUUCCACGGAUGAAAUUUUUGAUGAUCUUAUGGAUGAAUGUAAAUAUACUGGAUUGGAUGCACACCUAUCAUAUGCUUUACGAAACCGUAUAGAAAAAUGUAAAAUUGAAACUCGGAGAGAAAUUGUGUCUUAUAAAAUAGAUGGAUGUGCACCAUUAUUUAUUGCCUGCAAAAGAGGUCAUGUAGACAUUGUAGAAUAUCUUAUAACAGUAUGUGAUGCAGACAUUGAACAGAGAGGAAACUAUGCAGCGCCUGAUGAUAGAUCAAUACAUUAUGUUACACCACUAUGGUGUGCUGCAGUAUCUGAAAAACUUCCUGUAGUAAAGUGUUUGAUAGCUCAUGGUGCAGAUAUUAAUGCUGUCUCAGAUUCUGGUUCUACUACAGUAAGAUCAACAUGCUUCGUGACACGUAUGGAUAUUGUAUCCUAUUUGGUUGAAAAUGGUGCUGACAUAUCAAAACCAAAUUAUAAUGGUGGAACAUGCUUAAUAAAUUCAAUACAGAGUGUAGAAUUAUGCAUUUUCCUUCUGCAGCAUGGCGCUGAUAUAAAUGCUAGGGAUAUUCAUAAUAAAACUGCUUUAUAUUAUGCUAUUCAAGAGAAUAAAUUUAAAACUACAAAACUUUUUCUUGAACAUAAUGCAGAUCCUCAUAUUAGAUCUCGGUGUAAUGAUGAUGCACUUCAAAUUGCUUGUUUAAGAGGGACCAUUCCAAUAUUUGAAUAUUUAGUGGAAAACGUGUCUUAUUCUCCAGAAAGAUUAGCAGAUGCUAAUGAGUUAAUGGGUUCCACAUUUUUUUAUGAUCAUAAUGAUACACAAAUGGCUUUAAAGUAUUGGAGAACAGCUAUGGAAAUUAGAAACUCUCAUAUGGUAGAUGGUAAACCAUUACAAAAAAAACCUGUGUUACCCAAACGAGAUACUUACCGAUAUGCAAUGGAAUUUACUACUCUAGAGGAAUUAAAUGUAAUUGCACUUGAUAUAGAUGCAAUGCGAAUACAAAGUUUAUUAAUAUGUGAACGAAUAUUAGGACCACAUCAUAAAGAUACAUUAUUAAGGUUAAUGUUUAGGGGAGCUUCAUAUGCUGAUACAUUAAGAUAUCAACGUUGCAUAGAUUUGUGGCGUAGGGCAUUAGAAAUUCGUGUCGAAAGAGAUUCUAUUUUGUAUGCUGACACAUGUCUAACAGCACAAGCUUUACUGAAGCUUAUGAUUGAUUUAAAUGAAAAAACUUUGGAGGUCAUGAAUCGUAAUGGAAAUAAAAAGGAGCCUAGAUUCUGUGAUGUAGUAGCUAUCUUUAAGUUACUCUCAAGUCAAUUAAUAGAUGCUAGAGAAUUAUUAGAGAUAAAACCAGUGCACAAAAGACAACAAGAAAGUUAUGAACGGAUCUUAAAAUGUGUGACACAUUUAAUAUAUUUAUUGAUAGAAACAGGAGAAACUAAUGAGGAGAAAACAUUAACAAAACAACUAGUACAUGAAUUAGUUAAACAAAAUCCUAGAUCUGCACAUGCAGAAGAUACUCUUUUGCAUCUAUGUGUAUCUAGUUUGAAUACUAUCAACACAAGUUAUUUUACUACUGCUAAUGCAACUCAAGUAAUUUUUCCACGUUUGGAAGUUGUUAAGUUACUUUUAGAAUGUGGAGCAAAAGUCAAUGCACGAAAUGAAUCACGAUCAACUCCUUUGCACAUAGCAAGCAAAGUUAAAAAAUUUGAUGUUCCACUCAUAAAAUUAUUGUUGGAUUAUGGGGCUCAUUUAGAUAUUCCAAACAAAGCUGGAAAUACACCAGCAGAUUUAAUAUCUUCCUAUCCUGAGAAUAAUGUGAAUCUUGUUAAAUAUAUUAGCUUACAAUGUCACGCGGCACAUGCAAUGUGUAAAUAUGGUAUUGACUGCAUAGAAUUGCCAUCUGCAUUGCAAGAGUUUUUAGAAUUUCACAGAGAAUAAAUGUAUAUUUUUACAAUAA